AUGAUCGCAACUGGUGUUUGUGGCGUCGCGCUGGUGCUGGUGCUGGUGGUUCUGAUCCCGGUCAUGGUGAACUCCGCCGGGACUCCCGCCCGCUAUGAAAUGCUCGGAUCCUGUCAAAUGGUGUGUGACUCCCACGGAACCGCAGCCACAGCCACGGCAAAGGCAACCAACCCGAUCAAAGACAACCGCCUGGUUCAGUCUCUGCCAACGUUCAUCCAAGGUCCCCAAGGAGAGCCGGGACGCGUGGGGAGGAUGGGCCCCAGGGGACCAGUUGGCGAGCCCGGACCACCCGGACCUGCUGGUCCGCCCGGUGAAAGGGGGGCACCUGGUCCCCCGGGUCCACCCGGAGCACCGGGAGCAAAUGGACCUACCGGUGCCAUCAGUGCGGCCACUUACAACACUGUCCCAAAGAUAGCGUUUUACGCAGGACUGAAAAAGCAGCAUGAGGGAUAUGAAGUGCUCAAAUUCGACGACGUUGUCACUAAUCUUGGCAACCAUUAUGACCCAUCUACAGGGAAAUUCACCUGCUCCAUACCUGGGAUUUACUUCUUUGUUUAUCAUGUGCUGAUGAGAGGCGGUGACGGAACCAGCAUGUGGGCUGACCUCUGUAAAAACAACCAGGUGAGGGCCAGUGCCAUCGCCCAAGACGCGGACCAGAACUACGACUAUGCCAGCAACAGUGUGGUAUUACACCUGGAGCCCGGGGAUGAGAUUUACAUCAAACUGGACGGCGGGAAAGCGCACGGAGGCAACAACAACAAGUACAGCACCUUCUCUGGCUUCAUGUUGUACGCUGACUGAAAGAAAGAGGCUGAAGAGGGGAAAGAUCUGCUGUGCACGUAGCUUGCUUCACUGCUCAUGCUCAUUUCAGUGUCAGUUGGAUUAUUGGAGCCGGAGCUCAAGAAAGAUACGUGGGAAACCAUGCGAAAAAAGAACUACAAUGAAAUAAUGACGCGCGUACGGUGUUAGUAACAGAAUAUUAAUAAUACAUUUGAAUGUGUCCUCUCUAUGAUGUUUCAGCUGUACUCAUGUCCAAACUAUUUGUGUCGCUCUGCGCUGUGAAUCAAGUGUUGCUGCUGUGUAAAACAUUGCUGCUAUGCAUCAUAUAUGUGAGUGAAUUGAUCUGUAGCAUUCAAUAAUAGAGCUUAAAAUGAUACUCACACAAUCACCACUCUGUUUACAGUGUUAUUAGUCAUUAUGUGUGCUUUAUUUAAAAAGGAAAAAAAAAAUGCUAGACAGUUAUUGCAUUUUGGGUGAAAAUGUUAAAAGCCUUGAUGCAUGAUUACAUAUGUAUGAAAAUCAAACAUUUCAACUCUGUGCAGCCAAAAGUCAUUUUAAAGCGAAUCAGAGAAACUGUAAAGGGCCAUUCUGAUGUUAUUGAAGCACUGUGACAAAACAUCAUUGUAACUUGUUCUUCUUCUUGUCGCUCUCCAUAUAACAGCUGGUUGGGGCGACGGGGUGGCCUGGUGGUUAGUCACUAUCGCAAAACACAACCAUCACAUGAGCAGAAAUGUUUCUUGAAGCUCAACAGCUUGCUGAUUAAGCCCCUCUGGAUAAGCUCGCAGCCUAAAACCGUUAAAUAUAGUUUUAAAAUUCAAUCCUCUGGGUCUCUGUGUAAUCCUCUCGGAAGAUGAAUCAAAGUUAUAUAGUUUUUCACGGUGCACAGUCAGCUGUGGCGAUCAUGCCAUUGAUCAUGUGGUGAAGUCACCCUGUGAGGCCACCUGUUCCCAGAUGAGAGGAGAACAUGUCCUUCAUCUGGGCCUGCCAGCCAGCCCGCCUCCCAUAGACACCCACAGACACCCACUGAGGGGCAACAGGACAACUCAUCUAACACCGCCGCAUUGUGUUAAGUGCAGAGCAGCAUACUGAUUA